AUGGAGCUGCAACAUCAGAAAAGAAAUCUAGCUUUUGAACUUUCUACUGCUGAAUCCCAGCUUGCUGGUCUAAAAAGGGCCUCUGAGGUUUGUUUAAUCUUUUUAAUCUACUCAUUUGGUCAUACAAGAAUACUGUUACUAUUUAAUGCAUCAUUCUUCCCUUACUGCUUUAUUUAUGUGCAGGGUGAUAUUGUGUCUAAAGUAGAGGCUGAGACGUCAAUAUUGCACCACACCAAUGAAGAUCUAUGCAAGCAAGUUGGUGUCCCGAUGACGAGUCUAAAUGAAGUGGAAGAACUUGCAUACCUGAGGUGGAUUAACUCGUGCUUGCAUCGAGAGUUGGACAACUCCAAUAAUCGAACUAGGAUGAGCAUUUCUUCAAGUCGAGAAGAAAUAUUGACUUCCAAAGGCCAUGAUGCUGCCGAAGAUUUCUUUGAUAGCAGGUCUGUUCCUAGUGAAUUUUCUGAAGAAAGAAAUGUGACUAUCGUAAAAGAUAAUCGAAUUUAUCCUAGAGAUAAGGAGUAUUGUCAGAUUAUUCAUUUUGAAGAUCUUAUGUGUAAAGAUUUCGGGCAGAUCCAGAAGACAAAGAGUGUAAUACGUAGAAAUUCGAGCAGUGGAGUGAAAAACUGUGUUGAAGAUUUAAAGGUAAAUCUGAGGAGGCAAUCUGAUGUCUUCAUCUGUGACAAUGAAAUGGAAAACUUGCCUGGCCGUGGACGUCUCACUUUGAAGCCUAGGCAUCAACUAAUUGCCCAAAAAUAUGAAUUAGGCUCCGUUCAAAGUCCUUGUGCUCUUGUAAAUCAAGUGGAAACCUAUAAAGCUGCGGCUAUGGAUGUUGAGAAGGAUACUUUACAUAUCCUUAAUCCUCCUCCAAAGCCUUCAAUUUCUGUGACUUCUGUACAUAAGAAAGAUUAUGCAGUUGCUGUUUGCCCAGCAGCAGCAGCACCACCACCACCACCACUACCUCCCCCUAAGUUGUCAUUGAGAAGCAGUGAGGGGGUGCAGAGAGCUCCACAAUUGGUUGAACUGUACCACUCAUUCAUGAGGAAGGAGCCAAGAAAUGAUCCAGGAAUUGGAGGUAUCUGUGAUGGCCCCAGCAUUGCACAUGUUCGGAGCAAUAUAAUUGGUGAAAUUGAGAAUCGUUCGUCUCAUUUGCAUGCAGUGAGUAAAUUCCUGCGCUGAUUAGUCUUUGUAAUUUAGAACUUAUACUAAUUGUGCGGUUUUGGAAUUCAGAUCAAGGCAGAUGUUGAAAGAAAAGGUAAUUUUGUGAAGUCCUUGAUAAAAGAAGUAAAUGGUGCUAUUUAUCAUGAUAUUGAAGAUGUCAUUAAAUUUGUGAAAUGGCUCGAUGAUGAACUUACUGUUCUGGCAAGUAUAUAUCCUUUACACUUGUUCAUCCACAACAGUUAAUGUCUGUUAGGCUUUCUAUUUGUUGAUUCUCUAUUUGUGUUUAUUAUGAUGAUGUUGUAGGUAGAUGAACGGGGCAGUGUUGAAGUAUUUUGAUUGGCCAGAAAAGAAAGCAGACACUUUAAGGGAAGCAGCAUUUGAGUAUCACGAUUUGAAAAAGUUGGAAUCUGAAAUUAGACAAUAUGAGGAUGAUCCUCAUCUCCCCUCUGCUGUGGCAUUAAAGAAAAUGGUUGUAUUAUCUGAGAAGUUCCUGUCCUGCUCAUGGUUUUUUGCAUUUCUUGCAAAUUGUUCGACGUUUCACCCUUAUUCUCCACAGAGGUAGCUGUAUGUGUGUAUACAUCUCAGUGUGUAUAAUGUAUAUAUGUUCAUCUAUCAUACAUUUACCUUGCCAAUAUUCCUCUUGUCACUAGGAUGGAGCGUAAAGUGCAUAAUCUUGUCCGUGAAAGAGAUGGACUCAUAAGGCACUAUAAGCAGUUUGAGAUUCCAACUGAUUGGAUUCUUGAUACAGGGAUAAUUAGCAAGGUGCAUGUCCCUUUUGACAUCUGUCUGACAUGUUCCACUUUUACUGGGUCACAAGGCAUUAAAACUGUCCUAGAGAUCAUUUAGUCUAUCAUAUGUCUGUCAGACUCCUCAUUCACGUUUCUCUUUGUAACUUUGUAGAAUACGGGCUUUUAUACGUAUCUGAUGGUUUUCAGAUAAAUUUCACUAUACAUCUUGGUACUUGUAUAGUUUAGACAUGAAUCACCCAUAAAACGUGAUUUUUUCUACUGUGGCUUUUUUCAAUGGAGAAUUGAACUGCUCCCUGAAACUGUUCUUUCUGUCUUGGAAAUAUUCCAAUUACCUUGAGAAUGAGCCUGGUAAUCUCAUCUUGUCAUCCGCUUGAAGGAAUGGCAGAUAUACAUCCUUUGCAUAUUGAUAAGGAUAGUAAGGUAAUACUGUCUAUGAGAAAGAAGAAAAACACCUUCCUUACUAGUUUGAUUCUAAAGUUUUUUCAUGCCUCAAAAUGUGUCCCACAAUACGAAAAAAACGAUUUAUUUAUCUUUAAGCUACCUUUGGUCAGACUUGAUCAGUUGUAAGCCUUCUUGAGGAAACUUGUUUCCCUCAUUGGGCUUCUCCUUUGUUUGCUGGAUAAUUCAUGCAACAGCUUGGCAACUUCUUCCCCCUUCACCUGGCAAUUGGUCUGCCCUUCUUUUUUCGUGCUAUCUAUCCUCUUAGCCUCUCCCACAACUCAUUUAAGGGUAGAAAUUAUGUGUGAUUGUAUCUAUGUAUUUAGAUAUGUAAAUAUAUAUUUAUAUAUAACAUGUAGAUAUUUGGACUCUAAUCUCCUAUGUCAAUUUCCUUUUCAGAUAAAGAUAUCUUCUGUGAAAUUAGCAAAUAAAUACAUGAGAAGAAUAGUCAUGGAACUCCAGGCAGCAGCUGCAUCGUACAAGGACCCAGCAAUGGAGUACAUGUUGCUUCAGGGUGUGAGGUUUGCUUUAAGAAUACACCAGGUAAGCUUUUAUAUGCAACGUUAAAAGUAAUCAUUUUAUCAGCCAGGCAGCAGCAUAGUUCUCCAUGAAGACUAAUCCAUGAUUUUAGCACCUUUAUUGCUUUGCAGACCAACUCUAUGUUGCUGGCUCUACUUUUGAACCAAAUCAUUUCACGUUCGUGAUCCUGAUGUUGUUCUCUCUGUUCUCUUUGCAGUUUGCUGGUGGCUUUGAAGGGGAAACUAUGCAAGCAUUGGAUGAGCUGAGGAAUCUAGUGCAUGUUAGAUACAAGACAUAG